AUUUCAUCUUGCUGCGGAGCAUCCAAUCGAUGGGAGCUUCUCCUGAGGGAGCUGCUGAGAAGCAAGCAAAGAUAGUAGGAAUUAGGACUCCAGCAGUCAGGCUUGCUGUAGCCAUGGAUGUACUAUUUUGUUGUGCGUUACAGAGAUGUUUUAAUUGGAAAAGCUAGGCGUGGAUUAACCGUGGGGUCCGACUGAUGCAUUAGAAUACUGAGCAACACUGCAGAGUUGUAAACUGCAUUAAAACAAGGGGGGGGGGGGGGGGGCAGAAGAGAAAAGGGUUUGUAUUGCAGAGGCUUUAAUACAUUCCACAGAGCAAACCUGUUAGAGCAUAAAUAUUGGAGCUACAAUCUGGACACUAAUCGAAUUUUUGCACUUAUGACGGACAAGAGUAUAAAGAAGAAACUUUAAUAUCCAGGCUGUGGGAUUCCCGGAUCGCCUGAGAUGCUGAAGAACCCGUGCAGGAUUCCAGCUACAAUAUGAAUGUGAAGUUCCCGAAAAGUGGACCCGAAGAUAAGCCACUUGUCAAUUCAUUUGAGUGAAGAGAAAAAAGGGAAUUUGAAGAAUUCAUGUGUCACCUUUUGAUGCAUUGUUGCUUUAACCUGCAGUUCUAAUCCAUUUCAGCAUUAAUUCCAUUUUAGCAGCACUUUUCGGGCGCAUGCCUCUUGCCUGGGGGAACGGAUGGCUAUUUGUAUUUGAAAAGCCAGGAAACAUUUUGAUUUCAAUUUCUGUGCUUGUUAGAACUGGAACAUUUUCAUAGGGCUUGCUGCUGCUGCUAACUCACUGCGAUACUGAAAACUCCUCAGCUAUAGUGGAAGCUGUAAUUGAAUUCAGUGUGAAAUUCAAGCCUGAGAAGUUGCAUACAUGUAUGUUUGCUGCUUUGGUUUAUGAUUGUUACAGAGGAUCCAGAAGGGAUUUUGCUCAGUAUUUUCCUUCCUUGGCUUUUAUUUGAGGAAAGAAACUUUUUCCCCCUCCCGAGCCUAAGAAAUGGCUUUUCUUGUUCGAUGUUACGCCAACUGCCUGCAACCGUGGGCCUCCAAACUUCCAGCCGAUCUUACCAAGAUGCAUCUUACCGACAAUCCUCAUCCUCAGGUGACGCAUGUCCCUUCAAGCCAGUCGGGAUGUAGCAUUGCCAGUGAUUCUGGGAGCAGCAGCCUAUCUGAUAUUUAUCAGGCUACAGAGAGUGAGAUGGGAGACGUUGAUUUAACAGGUCUUCCAGAAGCACCUGUAGACUCUGAAGAUGAAGAAGAAGAGGAGGACGAAGACAUUGACAGAACUUCUGAUCCGCUUCUGGGGCGAGAUGUUGUACGAGAGUGCCUUGAGAAAGAGCCUGCAGAUAAAACUGAUGAUGAUAUUGAGCAAUUACUGGAAUUUAUGCAUCAGCUCCCUGCCUUUGCAAACAUGACCAUGUCUGUGAGGAGAGAACUUUGCUCAGUGAUGAUAUUCGAAGUAGUAGAGCAAGCAGGAGCCAUCAUACUUGAAGACGGCCAAGAACUCGAUUCUUGGUAUGUUAUUUUAAAUGGCACAGUGGAAAUCAGCUAUCCUGAUGGGAAGAGUGAGAGUCUCUGUAUGGGAAAUAGUUUUGGGAUUACUCCUUCUCUGGACAAACAGUACAUGAAUGGAGUGGUCAGAACCAAAGUAGAUGAUUGUCAGUUUGUGUGUAUAGCCCAGCAAGACUACUGGAGGAUUCUGAACCACGUGGAAAAAAACACUCACAAAGUGGAGGAAGAAGGAGAAAUUGUGAUGGUAAAGGAGCACAGGGAGCUGGAUCGCAGUGGAACCAGGAAAGGACACAUAGUUAUCAAGGCAACACCUGAGCGACUCAUCAUGCACUUAAUAGAAGAACAUUCAAUUGUGGAUCCAACCUACAUCGAAGACUUCCUUCUAACGUACAGAACGUUCCUGACAAGCCCCCUGGAAGUUGGGAAUAAACUCCUGGAAUGGUUCACAGUGGACAGCCUCAGGGAUAAGGUGACCAGAGUGGUCUUGCUGUGGGUGAACAAUCAUUUUAAUGACUUUGAAGGAGAUCCUGCUAUGACUCGAUUCCUGGAGGAAUUCGAAAAGAACUUGGAAGAUACGAAAAUGAAAGGCCAUCUCAGAUUGCUGAAUAUUGCCUGUGCUGCCAAAGCCAAAUGGAGACAGAUUACCCUGCAGAAACCUUCUAGAGACUCGCCUCUGUUCUUCAGCCUCCUUGGAGGAAGCGACAAAGGGUUUGGUAUUUUUGUAGAGACUGUGGAAAUGGGCAGUAAAGCAGCAGAAGCUGGGCUUAAACGUGGAGACCAGAUAAUGGAAGUAAAUGGACAGAAUUUUGAGAACAUUACCUUUGUAAAAGCUCUGGAGAUCUUACGGAACAACACUCACCUCUCCAUCACUGUGAAAACAAACAUUUUUGUGUUUAAGGAGCUGCUCUGCAGGAUAGGACAAGAGAAGAACGGAAUUCCACAUAUUCCCAAAAUCGCAGAGAAGAAGAACAACCGUUACUCCAUCCCAGAUAUGCCUGGAGAUGUGGAACAGAUGUUUCCCCGUGAAAAAAGCAACAAGAAGAUGAAAGCAAACACUGUGUCUGGUGGGAGAAACAGAAUCAGGAAAAUUUUGGACAAGACCCGAUUCAGCAUCUUGCCUCCAAAACUCUUCAGCGACGGGAGCGUGAGCCAGUCGCAGGACGACAGCAUUGUUGGAACGCGGCAGUGCAGGCACAGCCUGGCCAUCAUGCCCAUUCCGGGAACCCUCUCCUCCAGCAGCCCCGACCUCCUGCAGCCUACAACUAGCAUCCUGGAUUUCUCUAAUCCUUCAGCUGUUGGGUUUUACUAUAUUCCCGAUCAGGUAAUCAGGGUUUUCAAAGCCGAUCAGCAGAGCUGUUACAUUAUCAUCAGCAAAGACACUACAGCAAAAGAGGUGGUGAGUCACGCCGUCCACGAGUUCAACUUGACAGGCGCCCCUGAGACCUACUCCCUCUGCGAAGUGUCAGUCAGCCCCGAGGGGGUCAUCAAACAGCGGAGGCUCCCCGAUCAGUUCUCCAAGUUGGCCGACAGGAUUCAACUCAAUGGACGGUAUUAUCUUAAAAACAAUAUGGAGACAGAGACCUUGUGCUCCGACGAGGAUGCUCAAGAGCUGCUUAGAGAAAGCCAGAUUUCCCUCCUGCAGCUGAGCACCAUUGAGGUCGCCACUCAGCUCUCCAUGAGAGACUUUGAACUCUUCCGCAAUAUUGAGCCUACAGAAUACAUCGAUGACCUUUAUAAGCUGGACUCCAAGACAGGGAAUGCUCACCUGAAACAGUUUGAGGAUGUCAUCAAUCAGGAGACCUUCUGGGUUGCCAUGGAAAUUUUAGCAGAGCCCAACCAACUCAAGAGGAUGAAGAUUAUUAAGCAUUUCAUUAAAAUUGCCCUCCAUUGCCGAGAAUGCAAGAACUUCAAUUCCAUGUUCGCAGUUAUAAGUGGGUUAAAUCUAGCACCAGUAGCACGUCUCAGAGGCACUUGGGAGAAGUUACCAAGCAAGUACGAAAAGCACCUCCGAGACCUUCAAGAUCUCUUUGAUCCAUCUCGAAACAUGGCAAAAUACCGCAACAUCCUCAGCAGCCAGAGCAUGCAGCCUCCAAUUAUUCCACUUUUUCCCGUUGUCAAGAAGGAUAUCACCUUUCUGCAUGAAGGAAAUGAUUCCAAAGUGGAUGGCCUGGUGAACUUUGAGAAGCUCCGGAUGAUUGCCAAGGAAAUUCGCCAAGUUGUCCGAAUGACCUCAGCAAACAUGGAUCCGGCCGUGAUGUUCAGACAAAGGAAGAAGAGGUGGAGAAGUUUGGGGUCUCUGAGCCAGGGCAGCACAAACUCGAACAUGUUGGAUGUACAGGGAGGUGCUCACAAAAAACGGGCCCGGCGCAGCUCGCUCCUGAAUGCCAAGAAGCUGUAUGAGGAUGCCCAGAUGGCCAGGAAGGUGAAGCAGUACCUGUCCAACCUGAACGUGGAGACAGAUGAGGAAAAGAUCCAGAUCUUGUCACUUCAGUGUGAGCCUGCGUAUAGCACAUUGACAAAGAAUUUAAGUGAGAGAAGAGGAGGGAAAUCCUCCGAAAUGUCUCCAGUACCCAUGAGGUCAAUUGGCCAAACCGCUAAAGCCCAUCAGCAUCAACAGAACAGGAUGAGUCAAGUUCUUCAGGUUCCAACUGUGAAUUUAUACCCCAGUAGGAAGAAGGGACUGACAAAGGAACAUGUCACAUUCAGCACAGGUUCCCCACAGAAGUCAUUAAGCUUGUCUGAGGAAGUAAGUAGUAAGAAACAAACAGAUGACACAAUGUCCAUGGCAUCUUCUUUGCACUCCAGCCCUCCUGCUUCUCCUCAGGGCUCUCCACGCAAAGUUGGUAACAUCCAAAGGUUGGAUAACAGCAGUCAGAUGAACCUCUCUGGCUCUUCCUCAUCACUCGCCAGUGAAGCCAGCAACAAGAACAGUGGACAACGCAGCUACGGAAUAGGCUAUGCCCUCAUACCUUCCACUAAAUCUGAUAACUUCUCAGACUCCAGCCACAGUGAGAUUUCAUCCCGGUCCAGCAUCGUGAGCAACUGCUCAGUGGAUUCCAUGUCAGCAGCGCUGCAAGAUGAGAGGAGUUUGUCCCAGUCUCUUAUUGUGGUGGAUUCAGGAGGGCCGGAGAGGAAAGAGCAUCCUCAGCCUCUGGUUGACUACAGCCAGCCAUGCCCUGGCUGGUCCAUCACCAGGCCUGCUCUCAUCAGAGGGAUGGCUUUCACAUCCUCCAUGAGCAAUGAGGAGAUCUCCCACGAGCACAUCACGGUGGAGGCAGCAGAUAGCGGCCGGGGAAGCUGGACUUCGUGCUCAAGUAGUUCUCAUGACAACUUCCAGAAUAUCCCGAACCAGAAGAGCUGGGAUCUCCUCAAUUCUUACCGUCACACGCAGCUGGACGGACCCAUAGCUGAAGUCGAUCCCACAAACUGUUACUCCGAGGAGGCUUACUUGUAUUCGGAAGCCUUUUCCAAAGCCAACAGGCAGUCGAAAGCCAGCAUGGAGCUGGAUCAGUCUCGGCAGAGCUGGGCCUCCUCCAGCUCACUCUCAGACACCUACGAAACAAACUAUGGGACAAUCAAGCGGAGGGGGCUGGAGAACUCUACAGCCGAGCAGACGGAGGUUUUGGACUCUAAACCGGGCGCGGAUACGACUUACAAAACAGUGACUUCGAGUACAGAGAAAGGCCUGAUAGUGUACUGUGUCACCUCACCUAAGAAGGACGAUAGGUAUAGGGAGCCACCGCCCACCCCUCCGGGAUAUAUGGGGAUAUCUUUAGCGGACAUAAAGGAAGGAUCGCCCCAUCACCCACACCUAAAACCUCCAGACUAUAGUGUGGCAGUGCAGAGGUCAAAGAUGCUGCACAGUGACCUCUCUAGACUUUCAUCAGCUCCUCUCGGUAGUGAACCGGUGGCCUGUAUUGCAUCGAAGAUGCCUCAGUGGCAUAGUCGGCAGCCGUCCAACCCCAAACUAGCAGAUAUGACUGACGCAGAUAGUGAAGAGGAUGAAGAUGAACAAGUAUCAGCAGUGUAACCAUUGGGCUAUUUCUGUAAACCACGACACAAGGGAUGUGGGGAGAAGGACCACAUGAUUCUGUUAGCCAACGCUAACAACUUGCUGCUACUAACCUCAGACAUUGCAUUUGCCUCUGUCAUGGACAAGAUGGAACGGGUUGGAUCACAUCUCUCUCUACCUUACUUCAGUCCACCACCGCCUAAGAAAGCUAUUUCUGCCUGUGAAAUAGCAAGCCAUUUUCAAGGAGUGUUCUGACUGCCUGGAUGCUGACCUCAGUAUCCAGAGAUGGACCAGGCUUCAUGCAUUUGGGAGGACCAGUUGUCACCACCAUUUGACACUUGGAAGCGUUCUUCUGUAUGAUACCAUGUAAUCCAUGGAUAGUUUUCCAUCGUCGUUAAUUUUCCACAUGAUCAUUAUUAAAUCUAAGAGUGUUAUUUUAUGAACUUUAGAAAGAAAGAAUUUAUCAAAAUGUCAGCAAAAGCGAAGGACAUUGCUGAAGUAUCUGAAAAUAAUUUAUUAAUUUAAAGUCUUCUUUUGAUGGGAAUUUCCUUUAUUCGUGUUGGGAGUGCUCUGGUUGGCUAAUGUAAAUGUUUAGUCAAAGUCAUGGUGAAGUAGCUGCACAAACUGUUGGGCCCUCAAACACAGGGAACAGGGAGCAGAACGUUAUCAGGUGUAGAAAUAGGUGGAUUUUAGAGUGGGUUUAGAGUCAAGCUAGGUGGAGCACGAAGCCUUGCAGAGCGGCACCGUCUGCUGCUCCCUCCUACCCGGACACAGCAAAGACCCUUCUCCUUGGAAGCGUUUUAGCUGGAGGCCAACUAAGGCAGGAGUUGCUCUCCUCCCCUCUUAAGUAACAGUUUGAAAGGUGGAGGCUGAGGCUGGCAGGGAGCCCUCAGGGGAGUUUGAAGCUUCCCCAGGUUCUGCCCUGCAGAGUCCCACAUGCGAAGCCUGUUGCUAGAAACCAAAACCUGAGCCGUGUGUUGUGGGUUUGGGGAUCAUCCCACACGUCCUGGCCCUCUGCCAGAGCUGCACAGGAUUUAGGUGCAAAGGUUAUCUUUAAAAGACAUUCUAAACCGCCCUCAUUUCACAGUAAAAUCACUGCAAUUGGAGGGUCAGUGAUGUAAUGCUUAUAUAAGGGUAUAAUGUGUUUUAUGAUGGGUUAAAAACCUCUGUUGUGUUCAUCUGGGAGCUACAGAUGUUCUCAAAGCACGCUGUUUUAAAUCCUAGGUUAAAAUCCUGGUGCUGUGGAUGUCAAUGGCAGCUUUGACUUCCAGCCAGCCAGUAUUCCCACGUGAUCCUGGUGGUUGACCACGGUCAGCUGAAUGGCUUGUUUGAUUUUGCUUAGCCAGCCAGAGCCCAGAGGGGUAAAACUGGAAAUACCUGCAGGUUCUUUCUUUCUUUCUUUCUUCCUUCCUUCCUUCUAGCACAUGAUGCCCCAUUCUAGUGUUACAAUUGGACAUGAAUGUGUGAAUAUGUAUUUAAACAUUUAAUUGUAAAUCUUUGUUGUGAUGUUUACAGCCUAAGCUAGGAAGAUGAUGUUUGUCAUUUUUACAGUGCCUCAAAAAUGAUUUCUAUAUCCAUAGUUGUGAAGAGCUUUAAGGUUUGUUUUCUCUUUCCCUGUGUGUGUGCAAGGGGGUGCAGGGGAAUGCGAUGUUCUCUGAGAAUGACACAAGUACCAAAAACAACCCAAAGCCUUCGACGUGCUCUCCCCAUCGCAGCCUGGGACUGAUGGGGCCGGGGGAAUGGGUAUGACCCGGCCUGUGCCCAUGUUCAUAGUGAUGCCAGGUUCACUGUUACCGUGUGGCUGGAGCUUACCCACAUUGAUUGGAGUUUGGGAGGUGUUAAAUCAACAGUGAUGCUGAGGAAGGGGUGCCUCCUUCCUAACUGAUUGGCUGGCACAAGUAACUGAGGAGCAAAUGGUUGAAAACAAUGUAUUAAAGCCCAGGUGAGGUAUCACAAUAACCACAUGUUGCUUUUUCGAGGCCUUAAUGAACACAACGAACCUGCACAGGCCUUAAUGAAUGAAGAUUCACGUCGGUGUGAAAGCAUUGCAGGGCACAGCACAUGGAACGUUGAUAAUAUAACUGUUAAACGGAUCUUUUCCUGGGAUGUAAAGCCAAGUCGGAGCAAUCCCACUGUCAGCUCUAGUUCCUUGUUAACUCCUACAUGGAGUGCACAACAGUUCUUGGUCAGGAAAUGGUCUGUGUUGUGCCAGGUGAAUUGAACCACACGGGUCCCGUGCCCUCGGGUGUUGAGCUGUAGUGUAUUUCAGCCUGUUGAACAAAAGUAGAGGGGAUGAGGGGUUGGUACUGAAGCGACUUCCUCCUUCCCUCCGAGCCCAUAGCGCUGUCCCUGAGGAUACGGUCCAGCUCCUCCAGGAGCAGGGCUGGGCUCUGCAGAAAGAGCCAUGGAACCAGUGCCCACCAACACAUGGUGUUUGCACAUCAGCAGCAUCCGCCUGCUCUGCGGGGCUCGUCAGGACACUGGCAAGCGUUUCAAGUGAGUGAAAGCCUUGCUGUAAUCCUAUUUUCCUAUCUCCAAUACAGCUGGUGUAAAUAAGUCCCAUUUAACCCAUGGACGGAUGAGCUCCUCCUGCUUCCCCUCCCCGCACCGUGUGGUUUGCCCCCCCCAGUCCAUGCUGGGAGCUUUUGUUUUGUUCUUAACUAAACCGAUCACAUUGAUCGGGGCCGGUAGCCAAAUGUAGUGUGUCUGGUGUGGAUUUGAAGAGAUGCUAUCCCUUUUUCAGUCGUUCAGGUGGAUGUGGGAUGGGGUUAGUACCUGUUGUGCACUGCCUCACUGCUGUCUUCUGCAUCCCUGAUCCCAGACUUGGUACCUCUGCCGGGUUCCUCUAACCCGGGCUCUGAUUUGGAUGAACAGUUAAAACGCCCCGUGUCCCGUUCUUCCACUGCCCUCACGUUCUGCUGUUGACUUUCAGGUGAAGGAGAUGUUUUCAGGUAUUUGGGAUUUAACCGUGCAGUAUUUCAUUAAGCUUGCUCAAUCUGAAACUUCCAAGUAAGUCUUCGAAAAUUCCUUGCGCUGGUGUAAGGUCUCAUUGGCCUCUCCACUUGCAGAAAGGGGGAAAUGAGAUGAUGGAGCUUCUGUGUGCUGGUUUCACCUCCAAAUACAGCAGGUACCGGAAAGGUGAUGUCUGCAGAUGCUGCAGCACGCGUUGAUGCAGCGUGGACGUGCAGGAGCAGGUGGGUGUUGGCUGAUGAUGGGCAGCUUGUCACUUUCCUGGCUCUUUCUUGCCUUGAAUCCCAUAAGGAGUUCCACAGGUGAGUGGUGCUUCACUGGGAGCUGGUCAGAGCCCAUUGCUUGGGAUGGGGCACACAGUGCGCUGAGGGCUGCAAGCACCCACCGCAGGCACAGGGCAUUCCAGUUCCCCAAGGGGUGGAUCUGUCCGUGCUGCCCCUUGGGUGCAAAACCUCUUUCAUCAUCUCCCACGUCAUUUCAUGCAGGCAACAGUGGAAAUAGGCACCUGUCGUUUAAGUUGGUAUCAAACAUCAGAAUUCAUUUUGAGUUCAAGGGUAAACUUCUCACUGCCUUUGCAGAAAGACAAGGAAAAAGGGAUACUCUCUCUUUAGAAAAGCUUUACACAUUAUAUUUUAGGACGCUUGUAUAGAGGGUAAUCUACCUUGAAUUCCCCACCCAGCUUUUGCUUCUGUUGUGCUUUCUCUUGUUUUCUCUUUAUUUUUGAUAGACCUGGAAUGCAGUUGAGCUUGGUAUUAAUUAAAUUCUAAAUAUGUGAGCAUAUUGGCAAAACUGCACAGAUGUAAUGAUAUUCCAAUAGCAAUUGUACUGCACAAGUCAGUGAUUGUAAAGUAUUCUGUAACAAGCAAUGUUUGUCUCCUAUUUUUUGAUACCUCUUACACUUAUGUCUUUUAGAAAGACAGUGCCUCUGUAUGCUUUUUGUAUUUUUACUGAGUGAUUGUAAAUAUUUGUUAUAUUUUUGGUUAAGAGAAUGUUUAAAAGUACUGUUUAUUAUCCAAUCUAUUAAUAUGUUGGAAUCAAUAAACAACCUACAUAUAGCAA